UGUUUUUAAUGUUGCUUUAUUAUUCGCUACUUUUUUGGACAUUACAUGACAUUUUGUAAUCAAAUCCGAGUUAAAAAUAGGAAUUUAGUUAAAAUUAAGAUAAAAAAGUAAAAUUAUUAAUGAAUGGUGAGAUUAGUUAUCGACAGCAGGUUGAACAUUCAAUGGUUCCUCAAUAAUUUUCUCUUUAGUGUCAACUGGAACUGCUGUAAUAGCUUCCGAUGUCUCAAUAAUUUGCUUUUUGGCUGGAGAGCAUUCAACAGUUGUUUCUGAAAUAUCAGGCUUCUUGCGCUUAAUUAAAUGUGAAAUAUCCAUAGGUUUGGGCUUGUCACUUUCAACUACUUUUGGAGUUGCUUUAACUGAUGAUGAUGAGCAUGGCUGAUCUGCAGAACUGCUACUUGAUGACGCUCCAUUCAUUCCGUAUAAUUUUGCUAAUUCUCUCUUGACUUGUUCAAUCUCGUCUGCCUUAAUAUCUCCUAUUUCGGUAAUUUUAUUCAUAAUUUCCUGUUGAGUCUCUUCCAUAUCCUUUAUAUUGGAUAUAAUAUCCUCAGUUUCACCUUUUGAUCGCUCAAUUUCAAUUACAUCUGAAAUAAUGUCAUGAGCUUUUUGGAAUGAUUUAAUGGCUUCAUCAUAACUCUUUUCCAUACUAAGACAUAAACCGAGUUUGUAAUGAAUUUCAGCAGCAAUACGAUAAUUCUUGUCUGAUUCCUCUAUACAAUCGAAUGUACUUAAUGCACGAGUAAAGUCAUCGACUGCGAGUGUAAAGUUUCCAUUUUCCAUCGAUAUUCCUGCCAUUUCAUUAUAAACUUCCAGUAAAUUCUUCAAUCCAUUAUCUUCUUGUCUCUGGAAUAUUAAUGCUGCAUUUUGAAGCACUUCCCAUGCUACCUCUAAGUUCCCACCAUCUUCAUCUGCUGGACUAUCGUCGUCAUGUGCCUGAUCACCAUCACUAUUCUCGUUUUCCUUGUCAUUUGAUGUCGAUGGUCCAGCUUGUGGUUCGUUUUCAACUUUUUCAGUUCCAUUUGUGUCUUUUGGUGAAUUUCCAUUCGCUGGAUCUUCUUCGUUUGUAUCGUCAUCAGACUCUUCAGCUGGCUCGUCCUCGUCCUCAUUCUCUGGCACUUCUAUAAGCUUAUUUUCAUCCUGACCUGUGGUUUUUAUUACAAGAAACCGUUAAAAUCUAGCUGAACAUGUGGUAAUAGCAAGGCACAUCUGCUAUCUCCAUAUUAUUGAGUCAUAAACAAAGACAAAGAUAGAAUAUAAUUGAGAUUCUUACCGACUGCAAUCAGUGCCUUAGCAUAUAAUAAGUAAACUUCGCCCAACUCAUCGCCAUCUACUCCAUAAACUUCUCCAUAUAAUUUACAAGCCUCGCUUAAAUCGUCAGCCGAUUCCGUGAAACAUUUAACAUAGUAAUUUCUACAGCCAAGAGCAUAAAAUUCUUUAGCUUUAGAGAUCUUAUCGUCAAUCGUGGCUUGAUCUUCAGGUUUUUCAGCCAUUUUAAUUUCACUUUAUGCUUUCUUUAAUAGUUAUUUUAAGACAGAAAAUUUAGUAGAUUCACUACAAAUAAGUUAAUUUAGUGCUGUCGAUCUCCCGCGUAUAUUGUGGAUGACUGUUUCUAAACGUACGCGUGCCUGACUAGCUGCUAUAUGCUCAACGUAUUUUGGAAAUUCAAAAUAAUGCAGUUCGAAAAUAAUUUGAGAAUAAAAUGUCGUCGACUGAAUGAUUUUGGGCAGUUCCAAUUUGUGCAACUUAAUAUACUUAAUUUCAUAUUGAAAUACCAAUUGAUUUUUCAUAAAGCAUUUCCAAUGAAAAGUGAAUCAAUGAAAUUUUCUCACAAGUUGUUCCUUUCAUGGAUUUACCCAUUCAGAUUUCAUAAACAAAACACACAAAAAAUGCAUCCUGAAAUGGAACAUAAUUCGACAUCGAGUACCCACAAUAAGUUAAAGUUAUCAAUUGAGGAUGCGACAGAAUUAAAAAGUAUUAUAAGCUUAUUAUGGGGAAAUUCGAGUUCCGAGACUUUUACCAAAGUUUUUCUUGGUGGAUGGAGUCAGGGUUUCGAAUUUUCACCUGAUGAGCCUAGUGCUCUACUUCAACAUAGCGGAGGACCAUGUAGUGUAAUUGCGACAUGUCAAGCGUAUAUGUUGAAGAGUCUGAUGGAACUGCCGAGUGUUCAUCAAUUUAAAGAUCUGACAGAGGAAAAGUGUAAAAAAGUGCUGAUCCAGUCAAUAUGUAAUAUGCUAAUGAAUUGUAAGGAAAGAGCAGUAUUCAGAAUUAUAACAUUAGAUAAGUCAUGUGGCGUAGAGAGAGCUAUAGAAGCAGCUGAGAUAGAAAAUAAUCAACCGAUAAUAAGUAAUAAUGAGGAACAAGAUGGAGUUGAAAGUAUGGACACGUCUUUAGUAAAUCACGAAAGUGUGAGCGAAGAGAGAGGCUUAAUAAUUAAUGAUCAAGAAGAUUUAUUACCAGACACAUUUCAUGAGCGAUUAAUUAUUACGGAUUUCGAGACGAUUGAGGAAGUUGAAAAGUUUUAUUCGGAGAAUUUCAAAAUUUUAAGCAAUAGAUAUGGUGUACUCUUGUUCCUAUAUAGUGUGCUAUUUACAAAAGGAAUUGAGAAUGUACUAAAUGAAAUAUCUGAUACAUCAGAACCGCUCAUUCAUAGUUCGUUUGGUUUUGGUGCUCAAAGUCUCAUUAAUUUAAUGCUUACGGGAAAGGCAGUUGCACACGUUUUUGACAAUGAUCAGGAUAUUGGUGGAAUGAAAUUGAAAGGAAUCGAUCAUCAAUCAGAUAUUGGAUUCUUGACAUUAAUGGAACAAUUGAGAUAUUGUAUGGUCGGAUCAUUUUAUAAGAAUCCAAAAUACCCAAUAUGGGUCAUGGCAAGUGAAACUCAUUUGACUGUACUGUUUAGUAAUGAAAAAAGCUUAGUAUCACCAGAAACGGCAGCUGAACAUGCAAAACGUGUCUUUAGUCAAUAUGAUACGGAAAAUACAGGAUUUAUCUCGAGUGCUGUACUUCAAGACGUGCUUAGUGAAUUAGGACUCGAAAGCGAUCCUGGCUAUGUUGAUAUAAUGAGAAACAAACUUGAUGCAGACAGUACAAGCAUAAUAUUGUUAAGUGACUUCAUGUAUGAAUUCUUUCCCGAAGAUAAACGUUCAAUUCCCGAUACCUUUGACUUGUUCCAUUAUAAUGGAAUUCCAAAUUCUAAUUUAAAUCAUAAAGUACGAUUUAGUCAUGGCAAGGCGAUUCUACUCGAAGCUCAUACGACUGACAUGUAUUCUCUUUCAAAUUCUAUGCUUACAUGUCUACAAACCAAAUGGCCAAACAUUGAGAUCAAUUGGAAUCAGGACAGGAUCCCAUCAUUAAAUUAGAGACAGACAGUAAAAAGAUACAACUUAAAAAGAGAGAGAAAAUUAUCUUCGUUGACCAAAUUAUCAUCGUUGCCUUUUACAUGAAAUGAAUAGUUAAAAAAUUAAUGAUAAUAAUUAUUAAAAAGACCUUUGAUUUAAUAUUAGGCUUCUUAAAAAAAAGUGUUGAAUUAAGAAUAACAUCCAAUUAAUUAAUUAGCGAUUAGCUGACGAGCCUUAUGAAACAUUUUAGAACAAAAUUUAAUUUCCUCCAUUCUCUACUUACUGAAAUAUUUAAUGCUCUUCAUGAACUAAUUACAUAAGCAUAAUUGUACUAUAAUUUACAUACUUGAGGUCCUCAAAUCGAACAACUUUUUGUAACGGAAACUUUUAAAAAUGCAUUCAGUUUGAGGAUUUUCAGUACUUACUUCCUCAUCCUUUCUUCUGAUUGUUGACCUUUAUUAUUUAUAAUGAGAGACAUGUUCAAUUAGAGUUUAUUUUCCAUUAUUACAUAAAUAUUUAAAUUAAAUAUCUCAAAACAACCAAAUAAAGUUUAUUAACCAUUUUUUUCGAAUAAGGAAAGGAACGAACUGUUUUUAUCAAUAUAAUUAGGUAGAUGAGUAAUUAAAUGCUUUUUUAGAUCUGGCAUAUGCUUCGGAAUGUAUGAGCAUGUAUUACAUUUCAGAGGUGUAUUUAUUAAUUUCUGUAGUGUCUCAUCUGAUAGCUGUUGGACAUGACCAUUACUUUUUAACUCAUUUCUGACUUUUUCUACUGGCACCAAAAAGUCUGUGUUAAAGCUGUUCCAGUGCUUUUUAUGUUUUAGGCAUUGGCUGUUGAAAUCUUUGCUGACAACG